AUGCAGUUCAUAGCUGAUGGUGAUGAGGAUUAUUUCAUUGGAGAAUUCAUAGCUGAUGGCUAUGAUCAUGAUGAUAUUGGAGGGUUUAUAAAAAACGGCGAUGAUCAAGAUCAUAUUGGAGGUUUUAUAAAUAAUGGGGAUGAUCAUGAUCAUAUUGAAGAGUUUCUAGCUGAUGACAAUUAUCAUGAUCAUAUUAAACGGUUUAUAGCUAAUGAAAAUGAUCAUGAUCAUAUUGAAGAGUUUAUAGCUGAGGACAAUGAUCAUGAUCAUGUUGAGUUUAUAGCUGAUGACAAUGAUCAUGAUCUUAUUGAAGAGAUUAUAGCUGAUGACAAUGAUCAUGAUCAUAUUGAAGAGUUUAUAGCUGAUGACAAUAAUCAUGAUCAUAUUGAAGAGUUUAUAGCUGAUGACAAUGAUCAUGAUCAUAUUGAAGAGUUUAUAGCUGACGGCAAUGAUCGUGAUAAUAUUGGGGAGUUUACAGCUGAUGGCAAUGAUCGUGAUAAUAUUGGAGAGUUUACAGCUAGUGGCAAUGAUCAUGAUCAUAUUGUAGAGUUUAUAGCUGAUGACAAUGAUCAUGAUCAUAUUGAAGACUUUAUAGCUGAUAACAAUGAUCAUGAUCAUAUUGAAGAGUUUAUAGCUGAUGAAAAUGACCAUGAUCAUAUUGAAGUGUCUAUAGCUGAUGACAAUGACCAUGAUCAUAUUGAAGAGUUUAUAGCUGAUGGCAAUGAUCAUGAUCAUAUUGUAGAGUUUAUAGCUGAUGACAAUGACCAUGAUCAUAUUGAAGAGUUUAUAGCUGAUGACAAUGAUCAUGAUCAUAUUGAAGAGUUUAUAGCGGAUUGCAAUGAUCAUGAUCAUAUUGUAGAGUUUAUAGCUGAUGACAAUGACCAUGAUCAUAUUGAAGAGUUUAUAGCUGACGGCAAUGAUCGUGAUCAUAUUGAAGAGUUUAUAGCUGAGGUCAAUGACCAUGAUCAUAUUGAAGAGUUUAUAGCUGAUGGCAAUGAUCAUGAUCAUAUUGAAGAGUUUAUAGCUGAUGACAAUGACCAUGAUCAUAUUGAAGAGUUUAUAGCUGAUGACAAUGACCAUGAUCAUAUUGAAGAGUUUAUAGCUGAUGACAAUGACCAUGAUCAUAUUGAAGAGUUUAUAGCUGAUGGCAAUGAUCAUGAUCAUAUUGUAGAGUUUAUAGCUGAUGACAAUGACCAUGAUCAUAUUGAAGAGUUUAUAGCGGAUGACAAUGAUCAUGAUCAUAUUGAGUCUGAUGACAAUGACCAUGAUCAUAUUGAAGAGUUUCUAGCUGAUGACAAUGAUCGUGAUCAUAUUGAAGAGUUUAUAGCUGAUGACAAUGAUCAUGAUCAUAUUGAAGUGUUUAUAGCUGAGGACAAUGAUCAUGAUCAUGUUGAAGAGUUUAUAGCUGAUGACAAUGAUCAUGAUCAUAUUGAAGAGUUUAUAGCUGGUGACAAUGAUCAUGAUCAUAUUGAAGUGUUUAUAGCUGACGGCAAUGAUCAUGAUCAUAUUAAAGAUUUUAUAGCUGGUGACAAUGAUCAUGAUCAUAUUGAAGAGUUUAUAGCUGAUGACAUUGAUCAUGAUCAUAUUGAAGAGUUUAUAGCUGACGGCAAUGAUCAUGAUCAUAUUGAAAAUUUUAUAGCUGGUGACAAUGAUCAUGAUCAUAUUGAAAAGUUUAUAGCUGAUGACAUUGAUCAUGAACAUAUUGUAAAGUUUAUAGCUGGUGACAUUGAUCAUGAUCAUAUUGAACUGUUUAUAGCUGACGGCAAUGAUCGUGAUAAUAUUGAAGAGUUUAUAGCUGGUGACAAUGAUCAUGAUCAUAUUGAAGAUUUUAUAGGUGGUGACAAUGAUCAUGAUCAUAUUGAAGAGUUUAUAGCUGAUGACAUUUAUCAUGAUCAUAUUGAAAAUUUUAUAGCUGACGGCAAUGAUCCUGAUGACAAUGAUCAUGAUCAUAUUGAAGAGUUUAUAGCUGAGGACAAUGAUCAUGAUCAUGUUGAAGAGUUUAUAGCUGAUGACAAUAAUCAUGAUCAUAAUCAAGAGUUUAUAGCUGAUGGCAAUGAUCAUGAUCAUAUUGUAGAGUUUAUAGCGGAUGACAAUGAUCAUGAUCAUAUUGAAGUGUUUAUAGCUGAUGACAAUGAUCAUGAUCAUAUUGAAGAGUUUAUAGCUGAGGACAAUGAUCAUGAUCAUGUUGAAGAGUUUAUAGCUGAUGACAAUGAUCAUGAUCAUAUUGAAGUGUUUAUAGCUGACGGCAAUGAUCAUGAUCAUAUUGAAAAGUUUAUAGCUGGUGACAAUGAUCAUGAUCAUAUUGAAAAGUUUAUAGCUGGUGACAUUGAUCAUGAUCAUAUUGAAGUGUUUAUAGCUGACGGCAAUGAUCGUGAUAAUAUUGAAGUGUUUAUAGCUGACGGCAAUGAUCGUGAUAAUAUUGAAGAUUUUAUAGCUGGUGACAAUGAUCAUGAUCAUAUUAAAGAUUUUAUAGGUGAGUUUAUAGCUGGUGACAAUAAUCAUGAUCAUAAUCAAGAGUUUAUAGCUGAUGACAAUGAUCAUGAUCAUAUUGAAGUGUUUGAUGACAAUGAUGACAUAUUGAAAGUUUAUGUUGAUGACAAUGAUCAUGAUCAUAUUGAAAAGUUUAUAGCUGAUGACAAUGAUCAUGAUCAUAUUGAAGAGUUUACAACUGAUGACAAUGAUCAUGAUCAUAUUGAGGACUUUAUAGCUGAUGACAAUGAUCAUGAUCAUAUUGAAGAGUUUAUAGCUGAUGACAAUGAUCAUGAUCAUGUUUAA